AAUGGCGGCUGCAGUGGAAUCGCUUCAAAAUCAUAUGCAACAAGAACUUGGAAAUUUUCAGGAAAUACAGAAAAGUAUACAAAAAGCAAUUAACAAUCGCCAAAAACUGGAUGCACAGCUUAACGAGAAUAAAAUAGUCUUAGAGGAACUAAAUCACAUCGAAGAAGGUUCCAUAUACAAAUUAAUUGGUCCUGUUCUGGUCAAACAAGAUCCAGUGGAAGCUAAAGAUACAGUCACAAAACGGAUCGCUUAUAUCUCUAAAGAAAUAGAAAGAAUUGAUUUAACAGUGAAAGAUUUGGAAAGUAAAUUUCAAAAACACAAGCAAACACUUGGUGGUCUACAACAACAGUUUCAAAAACUUACCACACAUUCAAAGCAAACUCCUACUAGCUAAGAAUUUAUCGUAACUAUAAAAUGAAAUGUUAAAAUAAAGUGAAGAUUAUUUGUUAUAAGUAUGCUAAAUAGAUAACUCAUUGAAGCAAUUUUGGUUCAUAGAAAACAUCAGUUGGAGGAAACCAC